AUGUCUGUGACCAUCUAUCUGGAUCGUCCCCACACCCAUUUCACCAACCUCGACUUUAUCACUGGCAAGGUAGUCGUCAAUCUACACACAGAAACGUCGGUAGCAGGGAUACAGGUCAAACUAGAAGGAGAAAGUCGCACGCGACUGGCUGGGGCGCGGUAUCCGCACAAUGAACAGUCCGACAAGAAACGCACGGAGCUCGAGGUCCACAAGCUUUUGUAUAAAGUGACGGACCUCUUUCCUGAUCCUGCAAUGCUGAGGAGUCAGACGUCUCCGGCAUCUUCCUGGACUUUUGCCCCGGGACGAUAUGAGUAUCCCUUCCAAUUCAAGUUUCCCUUCAAUAAUGCAUGCAGUCUACAUAACAGUAUGCUCACCAAUUUAAAUAUCAGUGGGCUCAAGGUGGAGAUGGCGAAACAAACCACCCGCCAUGUGAAGAAGACGCUUCCUCCAUCUUUAAGCGGCUUUCCUGGUGAAGCGGAGAUCAAAUACUAUGUGAAAGCCACUGUCAUCCGUCCACAAUUCUACAAGGAAAACCUCAGAGCGAUUAACAACCUAACCUUCCUCCCCAUUGAACCACCACGGACAGGAAAUCCCAACGAAGAGACCUAUGCAAGACGCCAACAUCGAUUCUCGAGCGGCCUAGCUCCAUCUCCAAAAUCGCUAUUCCAGAAAAGAUCAACUCCGUCUCUUCGCGAUGCGGGGGAAAAAUCCCUUCGCGUCGCUGCCGACCUCAGACUUCCGAACCCGACCAUUCUCACGUGCAAUGAACCCAUCCCAAUGCGCGUUCUUGUCAGUAAAUUGUCUGAAUCGUACGAGACGGUUUUCUUACAGAUGCUCCAAAUCGAACUCAUCUCUUACACCCACAUCUUGGCUCAAGAUCUGCAACGAACAGAAAGUGGCACAUGGGUCCUAUUUAGUCGGAGCAAUAUGGGCAUUCCGCUUGGCAGAGGCGGCGAUCCCGCAGGCAGUGAAUGGACACUCGAUGAGAAAAUGUGGAAUCGCAUACCUUUGCCCAGCUCUGUUGCCCCGUCCUUCCAGACUUGCAAUAUUUCUCGAACCUACGAACUCGAAAUACGCGUCGGUUUGGCGCAUGGCACGGUUGGAAAGCUAAAGCCUCAGCUCAUCGUCAUCCCGUUACGGGUACCCGCCAAGGUCUAUUCUGGAAUCACUCCACCUCAAGCCCUACUAGACGCAAUGGCCACCAACACACAGCGCGCACCAACAUUCCCUGCACCUGCACCCAACCGGCCCCAGGAUAAUGCUUCUGAACGGCCCCCUAUGCCUCCCAGACCGGCGGCUCCCCCAGCUGAUGGAUCCGAUGAAGGUUAUGAUGACGCCCCUCCAAGUUACGAAGACGCCAUGGCUGAAAGUCUGAGUCCUGUGGAUGGCCCUCGUCGCGAGUAUAACCCACCAGAUGCCUCCUUCUCCUCCUCCUCCUCCUCCUCUUCCUCCUCCACCACCAGAACUACGGUUGAACCUGGAGCUGAUCCGAAGUCAUCAGUUGACAACGACCCUGCUAAGUUGUCGACGAUAUACGGCAACUGUGAGGCCAACUCGUCUUCCGAAUCAUUUGACAUGCUUCCCUCGACCCCUCCUGAAUCCCGAUGCGGAUCACCCCCGACAUCCCCAGUCGCCCGACAGCAGAGUGUUCUCAAAAUCCACAAGGCUCCGCUCCUGGACGAGGAAAGCCCCCCGCAGUACGAACUAGUCGCAGAGGAUCACCGACCCACUUCCCAAGAACAGGAAACGCAACAGCCACCCCGACCAGAAUUCCGGCCUAUGAAUCUCGGAGUCCCAAGUAGGAAACCAGUUCCUAGUCCGAACCGGACCACCUAA